AUGUUUAGAGAAAGAAACUUUAUAGUAUCGGCUAGUAAAAAAUUUAUUGAUGAAUUUGGUGAAGAAAUUUUUAUUAUGGAACAUGCUUUACCAGAUCUUUAUCAACAAGCCGAUGCUUAUUUUGGCAAAGAAGAUAAGAGAAAACAAAUUCCUCUUCAAGUUCCUAGUUCUUUUAAUUAUAAUAAAGAAUAUAGAGCGGAAACUGUUGAUGAAAAAUAUGGCUACAAUUUUUAUUUCAAAGAAGGUGAGUCAAAAAUGUUUGGUAAAGAACCUCAUGUCCAUAUUAGAGGUCAUGGUCGAGAAAUUCAAUAUUUUCUUUCUCCUUUCCGACUAAAAAAGAAAAUUCCUAAAAAUUUCCCGCAAGGAGAGGAAAGCAAAUUAAAGAAACAUGAAUCAUCAAGCGAACUAAAAAGAGUGAAGGUAGGAGAAUUUUGUUUUCAUCCCAACUUACUUAAACUAGAGGUGAAUAAAGAAGAAUUAACAGCCUUUUUAAGUGAUGGAAGGAAAACCAAUGCUCAUGUAGGAGUAGAAGUAUUUAUUGAAGGACCAGAAAGAAUUUGUGCUGAUUGUCAUUAA